GCCAAGCAGAAAUCGAAAGCCGGCUCUCGGCAACGCUUUUCAAGUUGCGGGCUUUUGCUAAGCGGCGCCCUUUUAUGACGUCUGCAAAAAAUAGACGGCUAAAGAAAGCACGCGACCAUUUGAAGAGGGGGCGAACCGUAGCUGCUAUGAAGGAAACGCCACUCUCUAAUUGUGAGAAGCGGUUCCUGCUCCGGGCUAUCGAGGAAAGGAAGCGUUUGGAUGGGCGACAGUGCUACGAUUACAGAAACCUCCGCAUUUCUUUUGGUGUUGACUAUGGCUGCUGUAUUGUGGAGCUCGGCAAAACAAGAGUUCUUGGGCAAGUGUCAUGUGAACUUGUCUCCCCAAAGCCAAAUCGUGCAACAGAAGGCAUACUUUUCUUUAAUCUAGAAUUGUCACCCAUGGCAUCACCUGCUUUUGAACCGGGAAGGCAAUCUGAAUUGCUUGUAAAACUGAAUCGGCUGUUAGAAAGAUGUCUAAGGAACUCCAAGUGUGUAGAUACUGAAUCUCUUUGUGUUGUUGCUGGUGAAAAGGUGUGGCAAAUUCGUGUGGACCUGCAUUUGAUGAAUCAUAAUGGAAACAUUAUUGAUGCUGCAAGUAUAGCAGCAAUAGUGUCAUUAUGCCACUUUCGGAGGCCUGACGUGUCAGUACAGGGGGAAGAAAUAACAUUGUAUACACCUGAAGAAAGGGAUCCUGUCCCUCUGAGCAUCCACCACAUGCCUAUUUGUGUAAGCUUUGCUUUUUUCCAGGAAGGGACUUACUUACUAGUAGAUCCCAGUGAACAAGAGGAACGUGUAAUGGAUGGCCUCCUUGUAAUAGCCAUGAACAAACACCGUGAAAUCUGCACCAUUCAGUCCAGUGGUGGAAUUAUGCUACUAAAAGAACAGGUUUUGAGAUGCAGCAAAAUAACAGGAGUCAAAGUAGCAGAAAUCACUGAACUAAUUCAAAAAGCUUUGGAAAAUGAUCAAAAAGUUAGGAAAGAAGGUGGAAAAUAUGGAUUUGCAGAAUCUAUUCCUAAUGAAAGAAUAACUGCCUUUAAAAUAGAACAAGCCCCAGUCAAUACUAAUGAUGUACAAGAGCAAGCUGAAGAAAUAAUUGCCAAUGCAUUUCCUCCCCCAGAAGUCUUGUCCAAGCCUGUAUUAUGGGCAUCAGGCACAGCUCAGAUUGGAGAAGGACUUCAGAAAUCAUGGGCAGAUUUUGAGGAAUCUGAGAUGGAAGAUGAAGAUGGCCAGGAUGAAUCUCUAACAGCAGAAGACCAAAAUAUAGAAAUGGGAGAUGUACAUAUUGGAGCCAAAAAUCAAAAAGAAGAGGCAAUCAUAUUAUCGGGCAGUGAAGAAGAGGAUGUUGUUGUUCUUGAACCUGAAGUAACAUCAAAGAACAGCUUCAUGGCACUACAGUCGAUGGAUAGCAGAGCUCCGCAAAUCCCGGCCGCUUCAUCAUUGGAGGCCCUAAGAGACUAAAGACGAAGAAAGGAGAGGGGUCCCUUGCUGCUCACGGGAGAGCGGUAGCUCUUCCGUUUGAUCCGAGACACCCUCCCAACCAACAAAGAAGAGUGAUGGCCAUUAUGGCCAACCAAAGCUGGAGCAACCAAAGAAAGAAAUGAGCUGGAGUGGUUUGAACUGGGUGAGACUUUUAAAAAAAAAAUUUUUUUUACUAGAGACCCACUUUAAAUAAAAGAACUUUUAAAAGACUCCGAAGCGUUGAGAAAGCAGCAAAUUAACACAGAGAGAAAAAGUAGAGACCCAAAAGAGAAAUGAAAUGUUUACGGAAGAAUUUGAAGUUUUAAAAGAUUGAAAGUCUGAACUGGAACUUGUGGUGUUAUAAUUAACCUUAAUCUGCUGGAAAUACUGUCUGAUUGUUGGAAGAAACUGUAUAAUGAAAAGGGGUUAUUUUGCUCUUAUUAUCGAACUUGACAAUCAGCUGGAUUCGUUUUAGUACUGAGAACUAGAGUUGGUGCCAUCUACUGGCCAAAUAAAUUGUUCUUGGAGCUGAAAGAUCUUGAAAGUUAUAAGAACAGAUAAGAAGAGAAACAAAGUAAAAGGCAAACAAUAUCUAGAAGGCCGUCUGCUUAUUUCUUUCUACCUGUCUUUAUCUGGCGGCCUAGGAUUAAUUGGCGAAGCUUUUGAAAUUCUCUCCAAAGCAAUGUGGAUUACAAAUGACAGAAAUUGCCCUUGAAAUUGAACAUCUGAUUUGAUGAAUUAAUGAGCCAUGGGGAAACUUGGUGGACCAUUUUGGAUUACAAAUAUUUGAUGGAAUAUUUUACAAGGUGAAAGAAGAAAUUAAAUAGAACAUACAAAUUUGAAAAACUUAGGAGUAAAACAGCAGACAUCGAGGAGUAUAAACACUGUGGACCCUGAGAACAGUUUAGGGACUGAACAAAUUCAUUUAAUAUUGACUUUUUUGAACACUUGGGACAUUGCGACAGAUGAAUUACUGAAUAAUUUUCAGCACACUAAAAUAAAGUAAAAUAAUACAAGGAAGUAUAAAUACAUUUCAAAUGGAAAUACUACUACUGUUUCAAGACAUUAAGGAAACUAUGACAAGGAAUCAUAGAUGAUGAAGCUGAUGUGCGAUAUGGAUCGGAGACAAGGAAAUUGCUAGCAAAAGAUGAUGGAAAGCAAACAAAAAAAUUCAGAUAUUAGAGAAGAAUUCAGGAGUAGAAGAAAGAAGGGAUGAGAGAGACCAAUUAAUGAUAGAAGUAGAUAUACAGAAGAGAUAGUAAGAAUAGACCAGAGAUUAACCUUUAAGAGGCCAAAAUGAAGAAAAGAGCAAAAAGAAAGAUCCACUAGCAGAGACGAGAUAUAGAUGGGUACUUUGGAGAACAGACAACGGGAGACAAAAACAGAGAUAUAGAAGAGUUAGGGUAAACAGGAGUGACGUAGAGGGAUUCAAGGUCCCAAGGGAUGGGCAAAGGAGACUGACCAAAAAGUCAAUAAGAGUUGAAAUACUAAAAAGGGCAAGAGUUGAUAGAUAGAUAGAUAUAAAAUAAAUGUUGGUCUGGGAUCUGUUUUAUUA